AUGUCGACACCUUCAGCAGAAGCGACUAAAACGAGCAUCGAAGAAUCACCAGAUGUAGCUGCUCCUGCCGCUCCUCCUGCACCUGUAAAUGCGUCCGUAGACCCUCCUGAAGAGAGCGCCGAGCAGUUACCGUCAGAAACCAUAGGCGAAGCUGACGGAACCACGAAAGCUGGCGAAACCGGAGAAGUUAGCGAAACCGGCGAAAUCGCGAAAGCUGGUGAAGCCGGCGAAAGCGAGCAAGCUGCCGGGGCGGAGGAAGAGGAGGAAUACCACAGCGAUCUUGAGGAUGACGUGGAAUUAGUUCCGAGACGACGCGGCGCGAGCGAUGAUGAGGGUGAAGAUGGAGAGGAGGGCGAUGAGGAGGGGUUUUUGGAUGGUGCGGAGGGGGAAGGAGGGGAAGAUUACGAGGAAGCGUAUGAAGAGGCGGAAGAAUUGGAGGGUCUUGAUGAUGGGGCAGGCGGUUACGCGGAAGAAGAUGCUCGUCUCGGCGCGGCUGACGUGGCAAGUUCUGACGGGGAGAUGCCAGGGUUUGGUGACGUGGCGGCAGCAGGAGGGGCAGCAUCAGGUCCGGAAGUGGUCAAGGUAAUUGGCGCGGAGGGGACAGACCGGCCGGGGGGGGAGGUACAAGGCGCGGAAGCGGAGAGUACAGCGGAGGGCCAGGGCGGAGCAGCGGAAGGGGCUUCGGCGGAAGGGGCUGGUGUGGAAGGUGGUGCCGCGGAAGGGGAUGCUGCGGAAGGAGCAGCGGAAGGAGAAGCGGAAGCGGAGGUGAAGAAGGAAGCAGAGCCGUUUGUGGUGCCGACUUCUGGCGCGUUCUACAUGCAUGAUGAUCGCUUCGGCGAAGGCCAAGGCGGAGGUCGAUCCAGGGGCGGCAGGGGCGGGCGUCGGCUGUGGGAGUCCGGGCGGGAGGAGAAGAAGUGGAAGCAUGAUCUGUUUGAGGAGCUGGAGCAGGAGGAGAGAAACGGGUUCAGGGAGCAGGGCGGGUGGGAGCAGCAGCAGUUCUCGGGGCUGGAGCAGGAGGAGAGUAACGGGGUUCAGGGGGUGGGAGCAGCAGCAGUACCCGGUGAGAUGCGGGGGGGUGCGUACGGCACAGGAGACCCUUACUUUGCUGCUGCACCACAGCAAGGGGAGGGCGUGGCAGGAGCAGCAGCAGCAGGAAGAGGAGUGGCAGGAGCGGUGGGUGGUGGUGCUGCUGCUUCUGGUACUGCUGGUGCUGCUGGUGGUGUUAGUGGUGCUCCAAGCGCGUGGCGUGGCGUUAUGGGGUCGGCACCAGCAGCUGCCCCCGUCCCCGGUACUGGCAUCCUCGCUAGCUCUCCCUACGCUCCGUCUGCAUCAUCAGCAGCAGCUGCAGCAGGGGCAGGAGCAGGGGCAGGAGCAGGGGGAGCAGGCAUCGUGUCAAAUCUGACGCAGGGGAUAGGGGCUAUGUCAGUAACCCCCGCUGGAGCAUCUGCUGCUGCCUCAAGUGCAGAAGGCACAGGGGCAGGAGGGGUAGGAUGGCAGGACAUGGGUGCGGAAGGAAGGGGAGGCGGGGGCGGGAGGGGGGGCGUAGCAGCAGGUUUGGGAAUGGGGGGGCGCGGGAGAGGCGGGAGAAGGGGGAGGGGGGGACGAGGGUAUAUGGGGACGGGUUCUGGUGCGGGGGCAGGGGGAGGGGGGGCGGAAGGAGGGGGGGAUUCCGGAAGCAUUGGGGGGGAUGUUGGGGGGGGCUGGGCUGGGGGAGGGGGAACGCAGGGGGUGACAGGAGGGGGUGUUUCCGGCGGGCGAGGGCAGGAGCAUUAUAACUGGCAGCAGCAGCAGCAGCAGCAGCAGCAGCCGCAGCAGCAGCAGCCACAGCAGCAAAAGAAACUGACAGCGGUCGGGGUGCGUGAUUUUGUGCCUGCCAGCCAGCAACAGCAGCAGCAGCAGCAGCAGCAGCAGCAGCAGCAGCAGCAGCAGCAGCAGCAGCAGCAGCAACCGCAGCAAUAUUACCAUCAGCAGCAGCAGCAGCAGCAACAGCAGCAUUACUACCAGCAACAGCACUAUCAACAGCAGCAGCAGCACUACCAGCAGCAGCAGGCGCGGUGGCAGCAGCCGCGAUCCCAGGUUGCUUCUGGUGCAAAUGGGACUGAUGCAGGGGGAGGUACAUAUGGGGAAGGCUCUACCCAGGCGGGAGCAGUAGGGGCGGCAGACGGAUCGGGAGUGAAGGGAGUAGAUGGGGUUUCAGGGGGAGGAGAAGCAGGAGGAGCAGCAGCAGCUUCAGCUGAGAAUGGAGCCGGAGGUGGUGGUGAUGUAGUGAAAACGAGCACGGGUGCAGCUGUGGCAGCAGCGGAAGGGGCAGGAGCAGGAGGAGGAGGAGGAGGAGGAGGAGGGGGAGGAGCAGCAGCAGCAGCGGUGCCAGGAGCAGCAGCAGAAGGAGGAGCAGGGGGAGCAGCACAGGCAGGGGCACAGGCAGGAGCAACAGCAGUGGGGUAUGCGGAUCAGGUUGGUAGCAGCAGCAGCACUGGUGGAUUAGACGUAACUGCUGAUAUGCAUCAAAACGCAGGGAUGGGAGCAGGGAUGGGUGGAGGCAUGGGCGCAGGUAUGGGCGCAGGGAUGAUGGUACUGGGGAUGGAUGGAUCAACCAUGCAUAUGGACGGGGGAGUGGCAAUGGGGGGCCAGGCCAUGCAGAGUGGGGCAAUGCAGGGAGGGGCGAUGACUGCAGGAGGAAUGGGAGGAGCGGCAGGGAGUAUGAUGAGAGUGAGCGCCCCGGAUUACACGCCCAAGGGCAUGCAGAUGCAGCAGAUGCAGUAUGGGCAGCAGCAGCAGCCAGGAGGGGCGGCGGCGGCGGCAGCAGCGGCUGCUGCAGCGGCGAUGGGCAUGGCGAUGCCGGCCUAUUCCAUGGGGCAGGCGCCGCACUAUGCGUACGCGAGUACUGAGGGUGCCAGUGCUGACGCCAGGGGGAGUGGGAGCGGCGCAGCUAGCAGCGGGGGGAUACGGGCAGCCGUUCAUAGCAGCAGGGAAUUGCACAUGCUGACGCCAGGGGGAGUGGGAGCGGCGCAGCUAGCAGCGGGGGGAUACGGGCAGCCGUUUAUAGCAGCAGUGGACCCAUCCAACCCCACUGCCGCCCUCUACUAUGCGCCUGCUUCCGCUGCUGGGCAGCAGGCUGCUGUCUACGCCGCUGGGGGCAGUGCACCUGUGGACAUCUCAGCAUCGAUCGCCUCUGCUGCAGCUCUCUGGAAACCGCCACAGCAGCAGCAGCUGCCAUCCGCCACAGUCUUUCUUUUUCCUCCUCUGCUAUCUUUAUCUUUUCCUCCGGUUGACUCCCCUCCUUGUUCCCGCGCUCCCCUCUCUACCUACCUGCCAGUCACAGAAGUGCUUCCUGGUGACCAGGAGUACCACUCAUCGCAGCAGCAGUGA